GUUCUAUAUAGAUGGGGAUGAGGACUUGUUUCCAGUUUGAGCAAGUCAUCACACACAGCGAGCCAGCUCGACUAGCAUUCCCGCUUGGAUGGGUUUUUGCCAUCUCCACGCCACUUCCCCGCAGACUCGAUUCUGAUUGCAGCAUUAAAACUCAUAUCGAUAUCACUCGUACCGGUAGCGAAUUUCAAUCCCUUAUGACAUAGAUCUGAAGCGACUGAAUCCUGGAACAAGCAGCGCGACUGGCUGUACAUCUGCGUAUCAUCAGCCUCGACCUGCAACCUCGCCAAUCUUCUCAGGUCUCUUCCGACUAUAAGCAUCCUUAUCGGACCCCUCAGGCCAGAGUUUUACAGACUGCAAAAAAUCAGCACGAGAACAAAGCGGCUCCCGCUUCCAGUGUACCGGCCAGACGGUAGUUUCGACCUCUGAAAAGUAAACAUGGCGGACAUGAUUGGGCCUGACCACACCCCACGGCGCAACUGGAAAGACAAGGCGAGGCGGAUGAGGAAGGCAUUCACUACAAAAGAGGGUCUCGUUGGCACAUACGAUUAUGCCUUUCUCUUCCGACCAAACCUACCAUUUAUGAGGAGAGAACGCAGAGCAGCACCAUUCUUCGGCCUAAACGACCGUGUACCAGUCAUCCUGGCUCUCCUUCUUGGAUUCCAACAUUCUCUUGCCAUGUUAGCAGGUGUCAUCACGCCUCCCAUUAUCCUCUCCAAUGCCGCCAAUUUGAGCGGCGAUGAACAACGCUAUCUGGUAUCCACAUCACUUAUCAUCUGCGGUAUCCUGUCUUCUGUACAGAUUACCCGCUUUCAUAUCUGGAAGACACCAUAUUACAUUGGCACCGGCUUGAUUUCUGUCGUGGGAACCUCGUUUGCUACCAUCCCUGUGGCGACAGGUGCGCUGAGCCAGAUGUAUGAUACAGGUUUCUGUCCUGUGGCUGCCGACGGUACGAGGCUGCCCUGCCCUGACGGUUAUGGAGCUAUCCUAGGCACGUGUGCACUGUGCGCUUUGCUCGAAAUCGGUAUGUCAUUUACGAGUCCACGCAUCCUCAAGAAGGUGUUUCCACCUCUAGUCACCGGGCCUACUGUUCUCCUCAUCGGAGUCAAACUCGUAACUACUGGAUUCCAGAACUGGGCUGGAGGCUCUGGUGACUGUAAAAGUCGCCCUGAAUCUGGUCUCUUCCAGCUUUGUCCCAACAUCAAUGCUCCGCAUGCAUUGCCCUGGGGUAGUGCAGAGUUCAUUGGACUUGGGUUCAGCGUCUUCAUUACCAUCAUUCUCUGUGAGCGUUUCGGAGCCCCGAUUAUGAAGUCUACUGCUGUGGUUAUCGGGCUUCUUGUUGGCUGCAUCAUUGCAGGUGCCACGGGCUACUUCGACAAGUCGUCGAUUGACUCUGCCCCCGUCGUGUCCUUCAUCUGGGUUCAAACAUUCAAGCUGACCGUCUACCCACCCAUCAUCUUACCUCUGCUAGCAGUCUACAUGGUCUGCGCCAUGGAAGCCAUUGGUGACAUCACAGCCACAUGCGACGUAUCGCGCGUCGAAGUCGAUGGCCCACUCUUCGAUUCACGCAUCCAAGGCGGCGUGCUCGCCGACGGCAUCGCAGGUAUGAUCGCCGCGCUCUGCACCAUCACGCCCAUGUCGACGUUUGCGCAAAACUGCGGCGUCGUAGCCCUGACACGCUGUGCCAACCGCAAAGCGGGCUACGCAUGUUGUUUCUGGCUCAUCGUCAUGGGUAUCUUUGCAAAAUUCGCCGCGGCUCUCGUUGCCAUUCCCUCGGCUGUCCUGGGUGGCAUGACGACCUUCCUCUUCAGUGCCGUGACCGUGUCCGGCAUUCGCAUCAUCAGCACCAUGCCCUUCACUCGCAGGAACCGGUUUAUCCUCACUGCGGGCUUCACGCUUGGCUUCGGCGCUACAAUGGUCCCGAAUUGGUUCUCGUUUGUGUUUACCUAUAGUGGACCCAAUACUUCGCUAAAGGGCUUCUACAAUGCUAUUGAGCUGGUGCUCGAGACAGGAUUCGCGGUCGUGGCGCUUGUCACGGUUGUGCUGAACUUGGUGCUGCCCGAAGAGAUUGAGGACGAAGAGACUCCGGAGAUUGUGGCGGAUGGGGAUGAGAAGGCGGGUGAGAGCGGCGAGUGGGAUCAGGGUCGCAAGGGUGCCAACGGUGCGGAUGUAGAUGUUGAGGGAAGAGCGAGUUCGGAUAUUGUGGCUAGCAAGGCAGCAUGAGGGUGAUAUUUGUGUGCUUGUGAAUAAUUUUCUAGGAAUGCAAAAAAAAGUUUAAGAGGGAAUCGAAAUCAUGGUCUCUCGCGGAGUUUGAAACUAAGGGCUCUUUCAUUCGUUCUUCUAAGUACCGGGUAGCCGGCUGUUUAACCUUCCUGUUCAAUCUUCUACAAUCUCCUUAC